AGCAUGUCUGCCUUCAGAUUAGGGAAAAAGUUCUCAUUUUUCGACCAAGGCAAAUAUUGACGAUUCAAAACCCUAGCUUGCUGCAUUUGCACAGGAGAAUCGACAAUGGCGGGCAUGGGCGAUGGCUACGUGGGCACGGCGCAGGACGCCGUCCGAAUCCGACGGCUGGAGAAGCAGAGAGAGGCCGAGCGCCGCAAGAUCCAAGAGCUCAAGAACAAAACCGCCUCUUCGAAAGGCCAACCGGGACUCCUCCAAUUCGGCUCCAGCACGUCUGAGAUUCUCGAGACUGCAUUCAAGAAGGAAACAGUUGGUCUUGUCACAAGAGAAGAAUACGUGGAGAAGAGGGUGAAUAUUAAAAACAAAAUUGAAGAGGAAGAGAAGGAGAAACUUCUUAAGCUGCAAAAAGAGGAGGAAGAACUUCAGCUGCAGAAAUUGAAAAAGCGGAAAAUAAAGGCAGAUCCUCGAUUAUCGUUUGCUGAUGAUUUUGAAGUGGAGAAUGAGGAAGAUGACGAAAAUAAUGAUGAGGAAUCCGAAAGGCUUCGCCGCCGAAAGUUUGGGAAACUUGGGAAAGACCCUACUGUUGAGACCAGCUUUUUACCUGAUAGGUGUGGCAUCUCUUCCUUUCCCUUUAAUGCUCACAUAUUUGUUGAAGCACACUCUUACAGUGAGAGGGAGGCAGAGGAACAGGCUGAACGUGAAAGAUUGCGCAAACAGUGGCUUCUUGAGCAGGCGCAAAUUAAAAAUGAGCCUCUUCAAAUCACUUACAGCUACUGGGAUGGUACUGGCCAUCGACGUGCUAUCCAGGUUCGGAAAGGUGAUUCUAUUGGGGAGUUCCUCCGUGCUGUUCAGCAGCAGCUUGCUCCCGAGUUUCGAGAGGUUCGGACUACUUCUGUGGAGAAUCUGCUCUAUGUGAAAGAAGAUCUCAUCAUUCCACAUCAACACAGUUUCUAUGAGCUGAUUGUGAACAAAGCUAGAGGGAAAAGUGGACCGCUUUUCCACUUUGAUGUGCAUGAGGAUGUUCGAACCAUUGCAGAUGCAACAAUAGAGAAAGAUGAGUCACAUGCUGGUAAGGUUGUGGAGAGGCAUUGGUAUGAGAAGAACAAACACAUAUUUCCAGCAUCGAGAUGGGAGAUAUAUGACCCUACGAAGAAGUGGGAAAGAUACACAAUUCACGGGGAUUAAUAUAAUGAAUUGUACUUUGCCUUAUCAUGGGCUGUGGAUUAAUUUUAUCUUAUGUUUUCCUUUAUGAAUGAAUAUUUUAUAAGGGUUUGAUACACAACAUUUGUAUGUGAUGUGUCAACAGUAGACAGGUUCGAACACAUUACUGUUACUGAUCCCUUUUUGCUGUUGUGUGUGGUGACGGGUGAAACAUAUUGACUGGCUCGAAUGCAGUAUUUUUUACCGACCUUUUUCACGGUUUUAUUUGGUGACCGAUUAAAAGGAUGUGAAGGCGUGUGAAUUGGUUUGAUAACGAUUCUACGAGAUAUAUACAGUUCUAUGUGAUAACAUAUGGUUCUUAUAAAUGGUGGGUAUAUGUUUACGUGAUAAUAUGAAUGGUGG